AUGGCGUCGAUGCGGGAGAGCGACACCGGCCUGUGGCUGCACAACAAGCUGGGCUCGGCCGACGAGCUGUGGGCGCCGCCGAGCAUCGCCUCGCUGCUCACCGCCUCGGUCAUCGACAACAUCCGCCUCUGCUUCCACGGCCUCUCCUCGCCCGUCAAGCUNGGGGGGGGCAGAUUCAGCCCAGCCUUCCCGAUGAAAGGUGCCCUGACUGAAAUUAUCCAGCUGGCUACGUUGGAUCCAGACCCCUGGGUCUUAAUGGUGGCGGAUAUCUUAAAAUCCUUUCCGGAUAUUGGCUCCCUUAACCUUGACCUGGAAGAGCAGAACCCCAAUGUUCAGGAUAUCUUAGGAGAACUGCGAGAAAAAGUGAGCGAUUGUGAGUCCUCCGCCAUGUUGCCUUUGGAGUGCCAGUACUUGAACAAGAACGCCUUGACCACGCUGGCCGGCCCCUUCACGCCCCCCGUGAAGCACUUCCAGCUGAAGCGGAAGCCCAAGAGCGCCACGCUCCGAGCGGAGCUCCUGCAGAAGUCGGCAGAAACUGCGCAACAGCUGAAGAAGACUGCUGGAGUAGCUUUUCACGCCAAAGGGAGAGGAUUGGUUAAGAAAAUUGACACAACAACUCCACUCAAAGGGAUACCAAAGCAAGCUCCUUUCAGGAAUCCCACCGCUCCGAUUGUCUUCAGCCCGACAGGGAACCGGACCCCCAUUCUGUCCUCCAAAGUGCCCCUGUGCAAGGAGAGGGGCGUAAAGUACCUGGACCUCAAAGAGCUGAAAGCGGUGGGGGCCGCCUGAACCCUCCUCCGCCUUCUCCCUCCCGCAGAUACGGACGUGGUCGCAAAGCAGGCGAAGGAGGAGACGGUGGUAGAAAACGCCACCCCGGAUUACGCGGCUGGGCUGGGCUCAACCCAGAAACUGGCUUCCCUGAACAACGACCCAGCGGCGCUCGCUUCCACGAGUUACCUGCCUGCAGCGCCCAGCGCGGUGCCGUCCUCCUCUUACGUCCCGGGCUCUGACCCCCAGCCAGCUGGCUCCAUCUGGGACCCCCUGCAAGCUAAAGAAGAAGCUGCUUCAGCCACCACCACCACCACCACCACCACGACUGCCACUGCUCUCCCCGUGGCUCAGUUUAAGCAGCGGACGCCCAUGUACAAUAGCCACUUGAACCUAAUUGCCCCCACGGUGGCAGCAGCGGCGGCGGCAGCGACGGCAGCACCGGCCCCCGAGUCUCCAGCGCCUCCUCCGGUCACCGCUCCAGCAGCGCAGGGACCGCCCGGCGUUCUUCAGGAUGUCCCUGCCAAGAAGUGUCUCUCUCUCACAAAGGAGCAGUUGUUUGCAGCCCACGAAAUAUUCCAGAUGGCAAACAAAGUGACGAGGCCCGAGAAGUCUCUCAUCCUUGGAUUUAUGGCAGGAUCCAGAGAAAACCCCUGCCAAGAGCAGGGCGACGUCAUCCAGAUCAAGCUGAGCGAGCACACCGAGGUCUUGCCGAACCCCGACGGGACCGGGAGCACCACCAUGCUGGUGGACACCAUCUUCGAGAUGAAUUACGCAACCGGCGAGUGGACCAGGCUGACCAAGCACAAGCCGAUGACAAACGCCUCUUAA